UGAUCCUUCUCUAGCAAACGAAGUAGAUUCUAAUUCAGAACAGGAUCAAAGCUUUAGAUUAACAAGCAAUUCAGCUAUAGAACUUUAUUGUAAUAUUGUACAAAGCCAAAAAAAUUAUACAAUCAGUAUACCAACCUUCAGUUUAGAAAAUACAAUACAGUUUCAAGAUUUUAAUGAUCAGAAUUCUAGUUCAGGAGAUAAAACAAAUUUGCAAGAUUCUCUUAGUAAUGAUAAAUCACAAGAAACCUGCCUAUUAUUAUAUGUUGGCUUUAUACUUUUUAUAUGGGAUAAUAUAGAAAAAUUUAUGGAGUUAUAUGUGAAGUAUGAAG